GUAAGCUGAAGCACACGAGGUGCCCUAUAAAAGCGAUAAGCUCGUCGAAAAACAUGGCAAGUACGUUGUAACGCCAACGCAGUACUCGCAGUAUAAGCGUCUGAAGGCUCACACCACAAUGGCGGAUCUCAGACGAGUGCACCGUUUUCGGGACCACACCGUCGCAGGCAUCAACUGGCGACCGACGAGGCUUUUCGACGAGUUGCCGAGUUUCCGUGUGUGUGACCUCUGCCGCAUGAUUGCUAAGCGGAUACUGGUGUUGCCGUGCUCGCACGUCCUGUGCCAAGCGUGCCACGCCGCCAGUUGCCAAGGUGGCGGUGAUGGGCUUUGUCCCAUGGAUCGAGAGCCAUUCGUACGCGCGGAAUGUCGCGUCCACGGCUUCACCGCCAAGACUGCGAGAGCCUUAAAGGUCUAUUGCUGGAACGAAGCGCACGGCUGCGGGUUUGCUGGAUCUACGGAAGACCUGCUGCAACAUUACGAUAAGGAAUGCGCCUUCCACAUCAUCGACUGCUUCCGAUGCGGCGAUGCUGUCCGGCACAGGGACCUCUCCUCGCAUUACGCGUCCGGAUGCACUUCCGGUCUCUCUUCCAAGGGUGCAGGCUACUCUUCCUUAGAAUCCGCGGCGGCGAUAGUUCGAGACUUCAGGGUCUCUCUAGAAGAAAUGAAGGCCCUGCUGGUGAACCCGGACCGCGACCAGCUGAUGCCAGCAAUCCAGAGCAGGAUGAACAAAGUCACCCAACAAAUGAUAGAACACGAAUCCUGGUUAGCCGAGUUGACUCGCGAGGUGGGUGCAUCCGCGGAGGCCGAUAUGGCUCAGGUCGCGGCUUCGAUAUCGCCCAAGAUGGCGGGCCAACCGAGGUACCAGAGAAGCGAGACGGCGAAAGAGGCCAGCACGACGUCGCUGCGACAGCUGAGCCCGGAGAAGUCGAAGACCUGUCGCCGGCCGGACUUCUUCGUGGACCUGCCUCCGGAUCUUCUUCAGGCCGUGCGGCAAACGUCCUCGCAGGAUUACCCGCAGCAUGCCGUGUCUAAGUGCGGGCCACAGGACGUGAAGUGUCACUUGAAUUUGACUACGCCUCUGUCGACGACGAGCUCUUGGAGGGAGGUGCAAGGCUCCGUGAAAUACGUCCUGACCCUAACGAACGGCGACAUGGAUCUGCCGAUUACGGAGAAGAUUUUCGCUCGGCUUACCGUCUUGCACACGAGGGACGCUUACUUUUCCUUCGAUGUCGACAUGAAUGCGUGA